AUGACGACCGCCGGUAGCGACGCGCAUCCGACCGAGCGCAAUCCGCCGCCGCCGGAUGACGCGCCGACCAAGCGUGGCACCAAGCGCAGCACAAACAACGACGACGACGAUGACGAGGCCAUGGACGCCAAGCGGCAGAUUCGCGCGGCGCGUCGCCUCCUCCAGUGCCCCGUGUGUCUCGACACGUUUGCAGGCGCCGUCGUCGAGUGCAACGCGUGCGCCCAAGUGUUUUGCGAGUCGUGCCUCCAGGCGUGUCUGACGCGCCAGUCGAGGCGCUGCCCGCUCUGUCGGUGCGACCCGACACCGGCGCGGCGCAACAAGCCGAUCGAGCGGCUCGUGGCCAUGCUUCCCUCGCUCUGCCCGUUCGAAUUGGAGGACGCUGAGCUCACGCGCGCGACGGCCGCCCGUCCGUUGUGUACCGUAUACGAACGCCCAUCUGAUCGGUCCGGCUCUAGAGGGCUGUGCGUUGUCGACGUGUUCGAAUUGCAGGGCCGCUGACGACCCGGCCCGUCCACCGCGUGCGCUGACCACGCCCUCGGGGUAACGACAAGCCAUCUCUUCCCUCUCUUCCCAACGACACCAUGCCGCUAGACCCGGUACCGAGACUGGUAGUGACAGCCGCCGGGGUGACAACCCGGCGCCAUCUCGACCGCUUUGAGUUGGUGACCAAGAGCCGACAACACCAAGACAGAGGUAGAGGAACGGUCGACCGACGCCUGCUAUUCGGCGUCGUCGUCGUCGUGUACUGGUAUUCAUGGUAAUAAAUAAACCUGCUCGA